AAGAGAACCCCUCCUAUUGAGUCCUACUCCUUCAACCUCUGCAUCUUUGACCAGGCCAAGGGUUUACAGUUCUUCGUCGUUAGGCCAUUCUCCAUCAAGAUCAAAUCAACCUCAUAUAUAUGGGUGGUUUGGCGAAGCUUCCCGUGGAAGGGGAGCGUAACAUUUUGGUGACGAGUGCACUUCCUUACGUGAAUAACGCACCUCAUCUAGGCAACAUUAUAGGAUCCGUCCUUAGUGCCGACGUUUUUGCAAGGUUUUGUCGUCUCAGAGGCUACAAUGUGUUGUACGUUUGUGGGACUGAUGAAUAUGGGACGACGACUGAGGUUAAGGCCGCGCAGGAGAAUGUAACGUCUAGGGAGAUCUGCGACAAGUAUCAUCCCUUGCAUAGGGAUACUUACAACUGGUUCGAUAUCAGUUUCGAUCAUUUUGGUCGAACUUCUACUCCACAACACACUCAGGUUUGUCAACAAGUUUUUGAAAAGCUCAACCGGAACGACAUGCUCAAGGAAGACACAUUUGAUCAGUUGUAUUGUGAAGGAUGCUUAAAGUUCUUGGCGGAUAAUUUUGUUGAAGGCCAGUGCCCUGGCUGCCAUCAUUCUUGUAAAGGUGAUCAAUGUGAGCUAUGUGGUGCGUUUAUAAAUGCUCGAGAGCUAUUGAAUCCUGUCUGCACGAUUUGUCGGAGUUCAAGCCUGUCACUCCGCAGCACAGAACAUCUGUUUCUUCAACUAGCUUCUGUACAUGGAGAUCUUAGGCACAAUUGCAACAAACUGACCUUUUCAAAUCAACAAGCUGAAAAUGAUUCGAAGCAACUUCUUGAUCAGGCAGAACUCCUACCGAAGUGCAUCACUCGUGAUCUUAAAUGGGGGGUUCCUGUUCCUGUUGAAAAGUUUAAAGAUAAGGUGAUGUAUGUUUGGUUCGAUGCUCCCCUCGGUUAUGUUUCCAUCACAAAGUGUCACACAUCCGACUGGGAGCUGUGGUGGAAAAAUCCACAGAAAGUUGAGCUACAUCAGUUCAUGGGGAAAGACAACGUCAAAUUUCACUCAGUCUUUUUCCCUUCAUAUUUGAUUGGCACUCGUGAAAACUGGACCCUUCCACAUUCAAUACAUGCAACUCAUUUUCUCUUAUUUAGAGGAGGGAAAUUUUCAAAGAGCAAGGGCCUUGGUGUUUUUGGCAAUGAUGUGAAAAAAACAAAUAUACCUGUAGAAGUAUGGCGGUACUAUUUGAUCAGUGUUAGACCGGAGACAACUGACUCAACGUUUUCUUGGGAGCACUUGCAAGCAAAACUUAACAGUGAGCUUGCUGAUAAUUUGGGAAACUUUAUCAAUCGUGUACUCACCUUUGUUGCUAAACCCUCUGGCAAAGGUUAUGAAUCUAUUAUCCCACUUAAUGUCUCUGGUGCUAGUGAGAUAGACUUGGACCUGGGUGCUAAACUGCACGACUGCGUGCAAGAAUAUGUCAAGGCUUUGGAGCAGGGUAAGUUGAAGGAUGGGUUGAAUAAAGCAAUGGCUAUUUCUGCUGAUGGAAACAAAUAUUUCCAGGAAAAUAAAGUAUGGGAACUUUACAGGGAAGACAAAGCCAGGUGUGAUUUUGUUGUCAAAACUUUAAUUGGAGUAGUUUGCAUUCUUGCAAGUGUGCUUGAACCAUUCAUGCCAUCAUUUACCGCAGAGGUAUUGCAACAGCUUAAUUUACCGGCUCACGAGUUUAGACUUGAUGAUGUAAACAUCAUAAAGGCUGAGAGGCCAUGGGAAAUCGCUCCCCCGCUUCAUAAAAUUGGAACUCCAAGGGCUUUGUUCAAGAAGCUCAAAAAUGAACAUGUUCAAGCUUUGGAGAAACAGUUCAGUGGUAACCAGAGUCACCCAAGUUAGAAAUUUAAAACCAAGUAAACCAUAUUAUUUAGCCUUAAUGAUGUAGGUUUAUGAUUACGAUAAUCAUGGACAAAUUCUCUUGAUAGUUAUGAUUAAACAUGUGUUGUUAAUUAUUAAAGAAAAUAGAUCUGAGUACGUAGAGAUUAAUUUGCCUAAGAUGGUGUAAACUAACAAACCGCAGGCGAAAGGUCUUACGCGUACAAGGUGCAUCCCGGGAUAAC